GAUUGAUUCAACCCAAGAAUCACAGCGAAUGAUUAUGGGCGAAAAACUCCUCUUCUUUCGACCCCUGGCCAGGCUCUGAUACGGAGAUAUUUUGAAACCCAUCCGAUCUUAUCCUGGCAUUUGUCUUCUAAUUGAUAGGGCCCGUUUUACUUAACGCCGUCAGAUAUGAACAUCAUGGGAUGGAUACACGGAUUUUUUCAUCAUGAAGCAUACUCUUAUCGCUAGCUACAACAGCUUCUAUCACAGGCGAAUACUUUAAUUCGGAAUCUUUCAGCGCUUUUUUGUUUUCUCCAUUGCUUCUUCCAAGUUGUUUUUCACUUUGGAAGUUGAAGCAGCUGCACAUCAGCUAAUUCGAUGUGCAGGAAACUCUGAUGACCAUUGUGUCAAUCCAUGUGGGGAAAAAAGAGAAUAUCCCGAACUUUCUCUUUGCGCCCAGGAGUAUUGUUCACAUACUGCUGACAUUGGCUGAAGCGUUGCGUAAGUGGGCACAGCUUCGUCGAUUAAACUGGAUGGGUUUUGCGUUGGUGUCAACCGAAUUUCUUUUCGACAGGGGAAUUACCCCACCAAGUAGUGCACCUCACAAACCCCACAACCUGACAAUUGGCCAUGCUAAGUGUUUAUUACUUUGACAGUUUGCUAUUAUUUUUGUCUGUGCACCCCUGGAUAUCAGAUGCGUCGGGAGACUUGAUGCCGGUACUUACGACCUCGCCCAGCCACAAGUUAUCCACUAAACUGCUGCUCUCACGGGAGUCGGGACUUUGAAAAGGUUUGGAUUGCAUCAAGGUUGGAAAAUCGAGGAGGUAUUCACAGGGGGUUAUGAGUCUAAUUCGAUUAAACUCAUACUUCGUAUGCUCAAUGACUGGGAUAGGUUGUGAGCGGAAAACCUUGGUUCCGAACGCAGCGGACCCAGCUCUUGACGAUACCCUCAUGGUAGAGCAAGUAGUAUAAUAUGUCGAGAAUCUCCUAUUCUUGGUAUUCUUUACUCAUCGCUAUUUUCAUCUACCCAACCAUCUUCCUCAUUCUUUCUACCGAGCGCCCUAGUGGCCGCCACAGUUUCCGUUCAUAAACACUCCUUUAAUUUUUAUAUUCUCCUUUCAUCAAUCAAUCGUCUAAUAACUCAUCCCCUUCAUCAAGUCAACAAAUCCAUUAUGCUUUUCUCUACGCUGUCUCUGUCUGUGCUGGGCUUUGCUUCUACUGCCUUUUCUGGUUAGUCGAUUUAUGGAAACUACUGAAUAUCAACUUAUUGACGUUUGCCUUCCAGCUCCUACCUCAGCGUCCAAAGGAGAUGCUCCAGUGGAGGAACGUUCUACUUGGGCACCACGAAAACGUGAGACUGUAAUCUCAGUCAGUCAACAACAACAGACAGAACUCAUUCUCCAAUUCAACAAUGCCAACGGUCUCUCGAAUAACAACAAUUUUUUCCAGAACAACCUUAACUCGUUCGCUCAAAACACAGUCAUCGUUAUUAACCAAAAUCCAAAUCAGAGAUUAAAUCAACAGCAACUAUUGCAAGAACAGCAGCUCACUCAACUCCUCCAAGAGCAGCUUUUCUUUCGACAGGUACAGUCUUUAAUGUGCGACAACGUCCGAAGGAAUCACUUCAACGCCCAAAAUGCCUUGGCUGGCCAAAAUGUAAAUACCGUCAUAGUCAUUCUCCAAGAAGUCAUCGACAACCGACCAGGAAUCAAUCAAAGACGUCUUGUUACUAGACAAAUCGACAGCGGCAUUGCAUCCGACCAACAAAACGUUGUGAUUCUACAAGAGAAUCUGCCAAUCGUCGUCAAUGGCCAGUCUCUCUUCCAAAAUGGUCAAUUUGUUGGAAACAAUGUUAACAAUUUGGCCAACAUGGGCAAUUCAAACAACGUCAACAAAAGCGCCAUCCUCAGCAAUACUACAGCUCCUGAUGCUCCUCCCAACACAUUGUUACCUCGCCGAUCGAUCCCGGUUCAAGAUUACCAACCAAGUAUCCUCAGCGCCUUUCAGGCCAAAAACAACCUUAUACCCGCUGGUGUCGUACAGCCACAACUCAGCUUCGGGAUCCUAUCGCAGGACCCAGCAGCCAUUGUUCUCCAAAACCAACAAUUGUUCGUUGCCCGAUAGAUGGAGCUGAUUUGGGUGAUUGUGAAUGGAUUUUGUUGAAUACACGAAACGGGGCAUGUAAUAUAUAUAACGUAUAAUGAUAACAGAUAGAGAGGUGGUUGUGGACAGGGAGAUAUCCUGGAGUAGACGGAUGAAAUUGUGGAAGAGGGAAAUACCCAUUGUCGACGGCAGAGCCGCGGCAUGAGUACCAUGUCAAGGAGGGAAUUUGGCUGGGUUUGACGUGUGGCAUUUUUCAUCUCUUUCAAUUUAUAGCCAGG